AUGCACUCCGAAUCGGGGCCUUAUCUCUUCCACUGUUCUUGCCUAUGCCUUCUGAUCGGCCUCGCCUGCGGCAAAGGGCCCGUUUCUUUGUCAGGCGGCCCCUGUGAGUUUUUCUUUAUCGCCUCGGGCCCCAAGAAUUUAGCAUAUUUUUAUUCCACUAUUCCUUGGUUGAUGCUGCGACUUAAUUGUCUAUUGUUGGGCGCAAUGCUGGACUGA